UCCGCAUGUGAGCUUCCAGUUCACACACAAUGCAGUCUCUUGCUCGGCCAUUGGGCCGGCAACUCGCACGCCAGCGACGAUAUCUCGCCAGACAAGCUCUCACAGUCACAACCGGUACCGUCGCGCGACGACAAUAUGCCUCACACCGCUCCGACGACAAGUCUGCGCGAUCAGCCGUCAUCAGCGUGCUCAACAACAUCGCUUCGAAGCGUGAGGUCCAGCAAUACUUGGCACAGUUCACCUCCGUUUCCUCCCAGCAAUUCGCCGUGAUCAAGGUCGGCGGUGCGAUUUUGACAGACUACAUUGACGUACUAUGCGCCUCCCUGCGAAAUUUGAACCAAAUGGGCCUGUACCCAGUCAUUAUCCACGGUGCAGGACCACAACUGAACAAGCUUUUGGAGGAAGCUGGUGUGGAGCCAAAGUACAACGAGGGCAUUCGAAUCACAGACGGAAAGACUUUGGGAAUAGCGAGGAAGCUGUUCUUGCAGGAGAACUUGAAGCUGGUUGAGGCAUUGGAGUCAUGGGGUGUCAAGGCACGCCCGAUAACAUCUGGUGUGCUCAUGGCCGACUACAAGGACAAGGACGUCUACCAAUUCGUUGGUGAGGUCAAUCAGGUCAAUGCUGGCAGUAUCAAGGCUGCCAUUGCAGACGGCUACAUCCCAGUCUUGACCUGCAUGGCCGAGAGCGAAGAGGGCCAGGUCCUGAAUGUCAACGCCGACAAGGCUGCUGCAGAGCUUGCCAAGGCUUUGGUGCCAUUGAAGAUCGUCUACCUAUCUGAAAAGGGCGGUAUCUACGAUAAGGAGACUGGCAAGCUGAUUGAAGCUAUCAACUUGGACGAGGAGUACGACGUGUACAUGAAGAAGCCAUGGGUCAUUCACGGCACUCGCAGCAAGAUACGGGAUAUCAAGACGCUUCUGGACGAACUGCCUCGCAGCUCUAGCGUUGCCAUCAUUCAUCCAGAGAGCUUAGAACGAGAACUCUUCACACACUCUGGAGCUGGAACGUUGAUUCGACGUGGUACUAAGCUGCAACAAGCUGAGAAUAUGAAGCAAUUUGGAGACAUUGCGAAGCUCAAGCAGACCCUUGUGCGAGAUCGCGCGGGACUUGAUGCCGCGGGUGUCGUUGAUCGCUACCUUGAGAUCUUGGAAUCCAGGCCAUUCAAGGCAUACUACGAUGACAACAUGGAGGCUCUGGCUAUUGUGCUGCCACCGGACAACACACCAAAUGCUUUAGCUCAGCUCGCGACUUUCACCAUCACUAGAGGCGCAUGGCUUUCCAACAUCGCAGACAAUGUCUUUCAGAAUGUCAAGCGAGACUUCCCGAAAUUGGCGUGGACCGUGAAGCAGGACGACGAGAAUCUUACCUGGUUUAGCGAAAAGGCUGAUGGUUCCAUUGCUCGUGGUGGCGAAGUCCUAUUCUGGUACGGAAUUGACAGCCCGGAUGAGGUUCGUGAGCUCAUGAGCGAGUUCGUUAAGCACGGCCGCAAAAUGUUUGGCGAUACCAAUCUGGAGUCACAUAUCCACCGAGCGAACUCGACUGCUCAGCGUAUUCGAGCCAACGCGGCCAACCUUGCAAGCAACCGCCGAGCUUUCAGCACCAGCACACGGCCUGCCGCACGCGUGUCGACCAAUGGUCUGCAACAAGUGAGAACUUACACUACCAAUCCCAACCCACCUCUGGGCAUCAAAAACCGAGAGAAGGACUAUCCAUCCAAAGUUGCCAUCAUUGGCGCCCGUGGCUAUACUGGACAGGCCCUCAUCGAUCUUUUGAACAAGCACCCUAACUUCGAACUCUGCCACGUCUCUUCCCGCGAACUCGCAGGCAAGGAGCUCAAGGGCUACGACAAGAAGAAGAUUAUUUACGAGAAUCUUUCGCCAGAAGACAUUCGCAAAAUGGCUGAAAAGAAGGCAAUCGACUGCUGGAUCAUGGCCCUUCCCAAUGGUGUCUGCAAGCCGUAUGUCGAUGCAAUCGAUGAGUCGGGUCACACUGAUGCCGUAAUUGUCGAUCUUUCUGCCGACUACAGAUUCAACUCGGACUGGGUAUAUGGUCUCCCAGAAUUGGUGCAAAGGAGCAAGAUUGCUUCGGCCACCCGCAUCGCCAACCCAGGUUGCUAUGCUACCGCCGCACAACUGGGCAUCGCACCUUUGGUACCUUAUCUUCCUCCAUUUCCAGCUCAGCCAACAGUCUUUGGUGUUUCCGGAUACUCUGGAGCAGGCACCAAGCCUUCGCCAAAGAACGAUGUCAACGUCCUCACCAACAACCUCAUCGCAUACUCGCUCACAGAUCACAUUCACGAGCGCGAGAUCUCGGCUCAAUUGGGGACCGAGGUUGCCUUCAUCCCUCACGUCGCCGUCUGGUUCCAGGGCAUUCAUCACACCAUCUCGAUUCCUCUUGCAGAGAAGAUGGCCAGCCGUGAUGUUCGACAAGUCUACCAGGACCGAUACGACAAGGAGAAAUUGAUCAAGAUUAGCGGCGAAUCUCCCCAGGUCAAGCACAUCGCAGGCAAACACGGCGUGGAGAUUGGAGGCUUCGCUGUUCACUCCAGUGGCAAGCGAGUCGUCAUCAAUGCGACGAUUGACAACCUUCUCAAGGGCGCUGCCACUCAAUGCCUGCAGAAUAUGAACUUGGCACUGGGCUACAGCGAGUAUGAAGGCAUUCCACUUGACUGA